AUGGCCAAAGGCAAGAAAAAGGCGCAAGCCUCCGGCUUGCACCAUGAGGCGGACUACGUUCGUGAGCCCGAACCCCAACCUGUGCGAAAGACUUUCCGAUUCCUCGAUCUACCGUCCGAGAUCCGACUGCGCGUCUAUCAUUUCGUCCUUUUCACACCGACAAGAAAAAGCGCAUUGCAAAAUAAGGCCGGCUCUGUGGGCUCCUCGGCGAAGAAGAAAAAGCCUGUGGCACCUACAUCCCAUCGAGUAGCGCUGUUCCUGACAUCGCAUCGUAUCCACGAUGAAGCCAGUCAUUUCUUCUAUUCAAGCCAGAUAUUCCGGCUUUUCCCUGUACAAGAUUUUCAGCGCAUGCCAACCGUUCGCGCCAUACCCCGCCGCUACCGAUCCUCUGUUUCGAUAAUCGAGUUAAUUUUGGGGAAUAGUUGGACGGCACCACCCAAGUCGUGGACUGUAAACCAGGGCCUGGGAUUACACGAUAUGACAUACUUGCACACACUGAAGAUCUUCGUGGAAUGUGAUCCGUCGCAGCCUUCCUUCGAGGGCUUCCGCAUCUCCAAAGAAUAUUAUACCAUAUUUGCAGGACGCCUGUUGAAGGAGAUUCUAGAUCGGCUUCCAGCCCUUGUUCAGGUCGAAUUCGACGGUUAUCCCUCGGUGUUGAAGGGCGGAUCAUUGAUGAGCAGGCUGCUGCAGGAAACUAGGGCAGCACACAAAAAGGUCCGUUGGGGUCCAGAGCGUGGAUGGUACGACGGCCAAGAAGACGAUUACAUUCCAUAUCAUGACCCUGCAGAUGCUGCUUCACAUGCUGCAGUCGAUGCGCUGCCUCCCCGAAGUCCGGAUUCCGUGCAUAACCGGCUUGAUACCGCGAUUGAUACAUUGGCCAACACGCUCGAGGCGGCUAGGCUGGAAACAUUAGACUCUCCGGAAAUCGCGGUGCAAUCAAUGUGA